GGGAUGAGGGAGGCGGGGAAGGGAGAAUAAAACCCCAUCACCGCAGCAGCGCUGAACUCCUCGCUGCCACUUCAGCCACAGCCUCGUGGCUACCGCGACCACCCGCGUCCCUCUCCCCGACCUCUUCCCGGCCACUGGCUACCCGCGGUGGGGCAGCUCCCUCCCCCCGCUGCUCUAACCAAUCCCGCUGCCGGGGGGCGGAGGCGGCGGCUGGCUCCGCAUUUGUUUGUCCCUGCGGUGCAGAUGAAGGCAGGCGCCCGCUGCGAAGCGAAGAGGGACUCGCUGUGCGGCCAGAGCGCCCGGCUCCCGUUACGGCUCCGCCAGUCCUCAAAGUUGGAGCAGGCUCGGGGCAAAGAGCAUGCAGGGCUGGACGCCGCCGCAGAGCAAGGGCCAGCGCUCCCCACGCCUCCGGCUCCGCCCUGCCCCCUGCGAUGAACGAGCGGCUGCUGCUCCUCCCCAGGAGGCUGCCUGGACCCCCAGAGAUUAGUGCAAGGCUAACUACAUGUAUAAUCUGUGGCAAGGAGAACUGGGAGACGGCUAAGAGAGAGCCAUAAUGUCUUUAAGCUGCCAGACAAUUUCUACUCGACUUGGUGUUCUUAAACUGAACGGCAAAGGACUGCUAUGCCUUUUGGUCUUUACAAUAAGUGUAUGUGGCAGUGCCUCUGGCUUGUGUCCUACAGCCUGCAUCUGUGCUAGUGACAUUGUAAGCUGCACCAAUAAGAACCUCUCUAGGGUGCCAGGAACUCUCUUCAAAUUCAUAAAAAGACUGGAUCUGAGUUAUAACAGAAUUGCAUUUUUGGAACCUGAAUGGGUCCCAGUGCUUUUUGACAAAUUGAAUACUUUAAUAAUCAAUCAUAAUAGUAUUAGCAGUAUUAUCACUGGCAGCUUUUCCACAACUCCAAAUUUAAAGUACCUAGACUUGUCAUCCAACAACCUGAAGACACUGGGAAGCCCUUUAUUUCAAGAGCUGAGAGUACUGGAAGUUCUCUUGCUUUACAACAAUCAGAUAACACAGAUUGAUUCUGCUGCCUUUGGAGGAUUAUACAAAUUGCAGAAGCUGUACUUAUGUUGUAACUCACUGUCACACUUCCCACUGGACUUGUAUAUUGGAAAACACAAACUUACAGAACUUGUAUUAUUAGACAUUUCCUAUAACCACAUCCAGUCAGUACCCAUUCAACGCAUAAGUUUAGUGCCGGCCAAACAACUCAGUGGAAUUUAUCUUCAUGGUAACCCAUUUUACUGUGACUGUAUUCUAUACUCCAUGCUAAUUUAUUGGUAUCACAGACACUUCAACUCAGUUGUGGAUUUCAAAAAUGAGUAUGCCUGUGUAUUACGAGCUGAUCCCAAAGGUUCCAAUAAACUGCCUUUAUUGCACGACAACUUUCUGAAUUGCUCCGAAAGCACCAUCAAUGUGUCAUUCCAUGCCUUUGGGUUUAUUCAUGAGGCCCAAAUUGGAGAAAGGCUGAUUGUACACUGUGACAGCAAAAUUAGUGAUGCAGGAACAUAUUUCGUCUGGGUUAGCCCAGACAAUAGAUUACUGGAGCCAGAUAAGGACACUGACAAUUUUAAGGUGUUUCACAAUGGGAGUCUAGAGAUAAUGGAUCCCCAGCUGGAGGAUUCUGGGCUGUAUUCAUGCAUUGCAAUAAAUAAAAGAAGACUGUUAAAUGAAACCAUAGAGGUUAGAAUUAAUGUAAGCAAUUUCACAGUGAACAGAUCCCAUGCUCAUGAAGCAUUUAACACUGCUUUCACCACCCUUGCUGCCUGUGUAGCCAGUAUUGUUUUGGUACUGCUUUAUCUCUAUCUGACUCCAUGUCCUUGUCAGUGUAAGACAAGAAGAAGAAAAAGGAAGCUGCCCCAAAGCAGUGCCCAUUCAUCCAUCCUAAACUCCACUCCAUCUCAGGAUCCUCCAGCCGAUGAGAAGAAAUCCAGCAGUGGUAAGAGAGUGGUGUUCCUUGAGCCUGUGAAUGAGCCAAAACAGGGGCAGAAUGGGAAAGUGAGACUGUUUCCCAAAGAAACUGUCAUAGCAGAGAGCAUCUUGAAAACGACCCGAGCAAAAUCUGACUCUGAUUCCGUCAACUCAGUGUUCUCAGAUACACCUUUCAUGCCAUCAUCUUAGUUUGCUUUAUAGUGUACAGUUAAAUCUCUCAACUCCACCCUGCCUGUAGCAACCAUCUGGAAAAAAAUAAUAAAAUGUGGCAAAAAAUUCAGCGUCAGUAGUCUUCAAGAACAGGUCCACCUACUCUUUCUGUGAUUGGGAUAACUAGCAAAGGGUAUAUCUUCACUGUAGAAUUAACUCAGGCUCUAACCUGGGUGUUGCCCCAAUCCCCCUCCUGUCUACACUCAAAAACCUCUCACCUGAGUCUAGUGGUGCCAUCAGCCCAGGCUAGCUGGCUUGUCUGGGGCUGUAGGCUCAAGAGCAAGUGCUGCUUUCACUGAGGUUAGUAACCCACCCACUUUGCAUUGAGGACUCAGGCUAAAUCCCCACCCGAGUGCUGGUAGUCUAUUAAUGCCUUCCCACGAUUCCCCUCAAUGUGCAGAAGGGCUGGGAAAGAAUCAUAUAAAGCAGCUCAGCUUACUGCAGCACACAUGGGAUAUGCCCAUGGCCAUCCUAGUGACACACACAGGUGAGUGCACCACCAGUGAGGAAACAGGGUAUGUCUACACUGCAGAAAAGCCCCCACGGCAGUGAGUCUCAGAGAUCUGGUCAGCUGACUUGGGCUUGUGCUAUGGGGCUAAAAAUAACAGUGUACAAACAGUGUAGAUGCUCCCACUAAAGCUGCAGCCUGGGCCCUAAGGCCCUCUCUCACCGGAAUGUUGACCGGGGCUCCGAGACUCACUACCUCACUGCAGUGUAGAUGUACCCAGUAACUCAGGCAUGGCUUUGGAGGGUGGCUGCUCACACCUGGGCUAGGCUAACCAGGCGCUUCAGACCUGGGAGGGCAUCAUCCGAGUUAACUUUGCAGUGAGGACUUACCCAAAGUGUUAACGUGAAGGUGGGGGACACUUUGCUAUGUGUUUUCUAGAUAUCAGUUGUGGGGAGAACAUGUUUGCUGUAGAUGAUACUGUCUUUUCAAUCUGUGUGCUUAUAAGAAUCAGUAUCUUAAAUAUAUGGAGCUGGGUGUAAAUUUGAAUAUCAGGGAACAGAACUGCAGUCAGCAUGCCUCCAAACAGCCCUUAUCAAACCUCUUUCCAUCCUCUAAGCAUUCAGUUUGUGGAGGAAUAAAUGAAGUUACACAAGCCAGAAUAUUCCAGAGCGUUUGUAUGUUACCUUAAUCAUUUUGUAUAGUAAAUGUUUAUGGCCAGGCACAGAAAAUCUGUUUACCUCUUACCAUAUGAAACAUUUGACUAAAUGGGGAGGGGGAAAAUCCUCCUCACUUUUCUUAUUAAAUUAAAUUAAAUCCAUGGAAUUGCUCAUGAAAGUAAGGUGAGCAGAUUUGUCCAAUCAUGUAUUGAAUGUUUGGGAUCCUGCAUUCUUUACUCAAGCAGUUCAACACACUUUGAGUUCAGUAACAAAACUUCCAUUGACAUCAAUGAGAGCAAGUCUGGGCCCAGUGUUUAGCGGAGGGUUUUUUCCCCUCCCUUUUUCUAAUUUUGUGUUGCACUUUGCUUUGUCCUUUCAAAGGCACAAAAUGUUAAUGUUCUCGUAAAAUUUGCUUUUAAAGAUUGUCAGAGAAUCAACUAUAACAUUUGGGCCCAAUCCUCGGAGGGGCAGUAUACCCUCAACUUACUGGGCACAUCUACACUGCAAUCAUGGAGCAUAACUGUAGCUUGUGUAGACAUAUCUGAGCUAGUUUUCCACAUACGCUUCAGCAUGGGUUAACUACAUGAGUAAUUACCCAGGGUCACGGCUCUGAUACCAGAGCUAGCUAGAUUAAAGCUAGCUUGGUUAUGUCUACAUGAGCUGCAAUCAUACUCUGGCAUGGCAGUGUAGACACAGCGUUAGUCAGCAGCUCACAGGAUAGGGCCCUUAUUUUGAACCUUGUGUCUUUCCUAAUGGUUGUUUCCAAAAACAAUUUAGAGUUAAUUACUAGGUAGCACACUGUAUUGUAGUCCUUAAAAUAAUAUUAUAAAAACGUACACAGGGCUUUAACUAUUUUCAUUCUUUUCUAGUUUACUUACAUUUCCAUUGGGGUAGACUUUGCCACCCUUACUCACCCUGAGUAGUACCUAACUCUGAGAAGUCUCAUUGAAAUCAACAGGUCUCUUCAGAGUUAAGGUACUAUACAAUGUGAGUUUGAUAGACCCUUGCCCACUGUAUCUCCAAAGAGUACACUACAUGGGAGAGAAUUAUCAAAGUUAGAGUCAAGGGGCUAAAUUAUGUAAGUGUUUGAACUUUGUUCCAUUGAUUCUAAUUUUAAUAAUAAUUUACUACUUCUGUGGCUUCCAUGGAAUGGCACCUGUUUACUCUAGACUGAAUUUUGGCCUGUGAUAGUCAAAAAUAUAACAACUAAUUUGCUAUGAAAAAAAAUCAGGAUGUAUCUAGUUGUUUGACAGCCACCUAUCUAGAAAACAAAUUAAACCAUGAAACAGUGUUGCUGUGAUGUACACAAUGUAGGAGGAAAAAAGGAGGAAUUGGACAGCUGUUUGGAAUCAUUAGAAUGUUUGCUUCCUUCAACACAUGAAACCAAAAUCAGAUACAUGAUUAUUUACAUUCUUUUGUAGAGACUGAAUAAUGGGGAUGUAGGUAUAAAAGAUCCAGUUUUUUACUUUGAACAACAUAUAUUAAAUAACUGCUCAUAUCUAAGAUAUAAGCCUUUUAGCGUCCUUUCCAUAUACAUAGCUGUAUUUUGUAAUACUUUAGCUAUAUACUUUAAAACAAAAUCAGUAGCCCUACAUAUACUAUCUGUUAGUAAAUAAUUAUGGGACCAAUCUUGUUUCCACUGAAAUCAACGGUAGAUUUGUCAUUGACCUUUAUGAGAGGAAGAUGUGCCCUUUAAGAAUCUGUCUCUUGCUUGAGGAUUUUUUGAUUAGAAAGAAGAUUGAAAUAAGCCCCAUGAUUUGCCAUAUGUGCAUGGACAUAUUCUGUACUGUACAAGAAGGCGCAAAGUGACUGAAACAGAGGAUUGAAUACAAAAUGGUAAGACAGAAGGGGAAAGCCAGAGGUAAAGAGUAUCUGAUUUGUAUGUAUUUGGCCUAUUUUUGUUAACUGAGUAUUGCUAGAAAAGGCUGUACUUAUUGGAUAUGGUGUUGCACAUACAAAUUGUACCUUAAAAUAUAGGUUUAAUUUGCUUAGGUUACUAGCAUGGGAGUGCGUGUGAAUUUUUAUAAAAGUGCUAAUCGAGUCAAAUCCAAAAUAGAUUGAAAAGCAAAACAGAUUGCUACCACUGUCCAUCCAAAUAGCUGAAUAUCUAAAGCAAUGUUUGACUGUGUGCGCUCACUUGCCUGUUCAUAACACAAUACUUGCACUUAUACAAUAUGCUAAAUUAACUAUAUGUACUUUAAAGCCAUGUUUUAGUAAAGGGGAAACUGACCCUGCACCCUUACUCCUGGAGGGCUUAUAUCCCACUGCGGGGCAUAAGAAUUUGCAGAGUAAGACCCAAACUGUCAACCUGCUGUAACAGAGAGUGAAUAUAGUUCUAAGCAUCAGAUGUUUGUUGUAAAUGUUAACUGUUCAUAUAUUAGUGCCUGCUUUAAAAUGCUCAGUUGUGUGAUUAUACAUCUAAGAAACUGGAUUAAGAAUCUUUCCUAACAAUGUAGCAAUAUUAACAUUCUGGGUGAGGCCUAUUAUUUCCACAUCUCACAACCUUGGAGUUAGUUAAAUGGUUGCAGCUUUAAUAGGAAGAAAAAUUUUAAAGAAAUCCUAUCACUUCAAUUUACUUUAAUACUUACAAUACAACAAUAGUACCACACCUGCAAACCCUGCCUGCCUAUCACAGAUCAUGAACUAUCUAUAUAGUUGCUCCAAUGCUCACUCAACACAACGAGCCACCCUGCAUCUGAGGGGAUCCAAUAUGCAAUGGAGUAUGUUCCCCUUGCAUAAACAAGGAAACUAUCCUCUUGUGUAUACAAGUAAGUCCCAACGUACUAUCUCUGGAGAUAGCAAAAUGCCCAGAUUGAGGAGUUAGGAUUAUACCACACUAACGCCAAUACCCCCAAUCAAGUGAUGAAUAAGUUCCAGAGUUGUCCAGCUGAAUCCAUGACUGAAUUGUCCAUUAGCCGCAAUCUCUCUUUUCCUAAUAUUGUAUUAAUAUCGCCAACCACAAUUAAAGAGCUAAAUUAUCACUUUGAUGCACAGUGGACUUCCCAUUGCCACAAAGGCUCCAGCCUGUGCACUACCUUUUGAAAGAGUACAGCAUGAGCCACUCCCACACAGGCCACAUGACCCCAAAUGAGUCUAGCAUUGCCUCUGGGAGCCUAGCAGCAGCAACAGCAUUAGACUCCUAUUGCCCUCCCUGUGGCCAGGGUACAAGCCUUGUGGGAAAGGCUUGUUUGUGCCCUCCUUUCACCCACACUCCCCUACAAUUUGAACAGCUUAACAAGGCUUGGUCUAAUCAAACCUUGAGCACGUAACUAACAAUAAGUACAUCUAGUUAUUUCCCACCCCAUACCUAGUCACAGCUCUGUUAUUAACAAAGGCCCUAAACCAGCCAAGCUGAAUGUUAAGAAUGCAUUUAUGUGCUUUACUGAAUUAGUCUUUUUAGGUUCUGAUGCUACAUCCACCACCGAUCAUUUUAGGACUUAGCCUUCCUCCAGCCUCCCAAAACAGAAACAGACAUCCAAAGUGGGGAGAAAAAAUCCACACAGUUUCAUAUUUUCUGACACUUACUGAGCAGGACGAUGAAAACAAGGCAAACAUCCCUCCCUUUAACCCCAGUCAUGCACAUUCUAAUUAAAGGCCAGUAGAACAGGGAAACACUUCUGUGAUACCUAUGUAGCAAUUGCCACCCAAGUAUGGAUUCUUUUAAUCAUUGCAUUUUGAAGACUCCUAAUGAUAGCAUUGCUGUACUGUAAUCCCUAAGGCUCGUCUUAGGGCUAUAUUGUGGCAUAGCUGCAAUUUUGCACUGUGGCCAGUACAGACAUACGGCAUCCACCAAUACACUCUGGAGGAUGCAGAGAGGAAGCAUGACUGCUCCGCUAUCCCUUAUGAGGGUGUAGAAUGCACGUGCCUGUGUUGAUAGCUAAAACCACUAGUCCCCUCUACACUCCCUUUGUACACCUCAGUGAAGUGGAAUGGCUGCACUUGUAGCUGGCUCUUUGCCAGUUGGCUGGGAGAGAUCUAGGUUGGCCCUAAGUAUUUUCUGUGUAAAAACUGGCCUUACUGACGAUAGAAAGUUAUGUUGUUGCCAGAUGUAUGUAAAAGAGCAGGAUGGGGUAACUAAUUACUGUCUUAAAUUUUAAAACUGCUGAUAUUUUCCAAGCUGUGUAAGUGGUAAGAGCUGGCAUUAGUAAAUGUCAGUUUCUAAGCAAGCAGAACAUACACUUCAUUUAUAGGUGAACAGUUUAGACCACAUAGAAUUUUUUUCACCUUUCUGGUGAAAAAUGAUUGGAUCAUUUUAUAUAUAGCUAAAGGGAUUCUGAGUUCAUGUAUGAGUAUCAGUUCAUUUGUAAGAUCUAGUUGACUGAUUUUUUUUUCCCCUUCCACAUUCCUAACAUAAAUAUCUUUGGAAGGUGGGACUGACAUGAAGGUAUAAAAAUGGUCCAUCACAAAAAUGGAAUAUAAACACUUCAAAGAUUUGUUUCUGGAAAUGUGAAAUUAAAUAGCAUCCUGAAGUUUCUGGAAAGGUCUUAUAUUGUAAGCAAGAUGAUUAUAUUUUCCUGUCCUUAUUUAAUAGCUCUAAUUUAAACAAAUUAUUAUUAUAACUGUAAAUCCCUGUAUUAUAUUUUCAUGUGUGUGAUAUAUAGUUUUUUUCUGUACAAACUUAUUUUUUGUAUUUCUUUGUAAUUUACAUUGACAGGAAAUAAAUAUUUUCCCAUUUAAUCUU